AUGACAGCAUUUGAGCUCCGCGAGUCCCGCUCUCCAGCCAGCAACUGGUACCGUUGGUCGUUUACGGCUAGCGAUCAACACUUUACACUGGAUUACGUCGAAACGACAACUUUCACUUCUAUUCACGAGAGUGGAAAGUGUUCCGAAGGCUGGGUACUUCCGCUUCUGACGUCUCUCCUCCUCUUGUUGAUGGCGGAUAAUGUCAUCCUCCCAAAGGAACCGGAUCUCUCCAAGAGACUGAGCAUAUGCUGA